AUGGUAACGGCUGCGCAUGGGUCAUGCGCAUCGGAACAUGUGCUCUGUGAACAACUCUGCGAAACGCUGAGCCCAGAAGCCUAUGAAUGCUCCUGUUGGGAGGGACAUCUUCUACAGGACGAUGGAUUGUCAUGCAAGUUGAAUACGGAUGUUCAGUAUGAGGCAAAAAAGAGAACGAGAAAAUUGGAAACCAGUACUCGCCCAUUCAGAAAGUCAUCUGGAGAAUACAGAAAGAAAUCCAAGAGAACUAAGCCAGUGUCAUUCAAAGGAUCCAACUAUCUAGAGUUUCCAAUUAAGGAGGAUACUUAUUUGGAGACCAAUAUUACCAUUCAAUUCAAAGUUGAGGAGCACAAGGAUGGUAUCAUUUUCUUCGGAGGAGAACUCAUGGGAGACGAUUUCCUUUCGAUCACUCUUGAUGGACCAAACAUUGUCACAAGACAUGAUUGUGGAGAAGGGACCAUCGAAGACAUGUAUCAUGGACAAUUCAAAGUAGGCGAGUGGCACGAAAUUCAAGUUUGGAGAAAGAAUUGCGACUUGACUGAAAUGUCACUGGAUGGAGGGAGAAAGUUGGUGGAUCAUGCCGAUGAGUUCAGAAACUACAAGGGCAUCACCAUGGACGAGGGAGUUUUCCUCGGAGCCGCUCCCCAUAAUAUAGAAUUCCUUCAACAGAAAACAGGAACAUCUGACGGAUUCAAAGGAUGUGUUCGAUUGCUCAUCGUCAACGGAGAAACUCUUCUGAACACCAAUGAAACUAUCAACAAGGCUUAUGAAACAGCUUCCACUUAUUACUGUGGAGAAAUUGAUCCAUCGCAGAAGAGGAUUGUGAUUGUGACUGACGAGAUGCUCGCCAACGGAACCACCAUGGAAGAUGACGAUGAAGAAGUGAUUAAGAUUGAGAUGUAUGAUUUGACCCAACCUGGAAUUCCAAAGAUUGACAAACCACCAGGCAUGCAUCCGUCGAUUGCCAAAAUGUUGGAGUCAACUGCUACACCGCCGCCGUUGGGACAUCCAGUGCUCAAGGAGAUUCUUGGAUAUGGAGAUGUUGCCACUACACCAGUACCAGUUCAAACAACAUGGAAGGUGGCACAUUUCAAUGGAGGAUCCAAAAUCGUCGUUCCCGCCCCUGACAGCAUUUUGAGCUAUGUGGAACUUUCGAUUCAAUUCAAAACUGAGAAGUCAUCUGGAGUCAUUUUCUUCUGGAAGGAGGACGCCAAGUUUUUGACUGUCACUCUUGAGAAUUCGUUCAUCAAGGUCUAUGCUAGUCUUGGAGUGGACGCCACUAUUUUGAGAUCAGAGAAUGCUGUCAGUUUGUAUCAUUGGCAUAAGCUGGAAGUGUGGAGAAGUGGCAAGGGGGUGCUUUUGAAAGUGAACAAACAAGGAUGGGUUGAGUCUGAGCUUCAUGCUUCAAAAUCAGAGAUUCUCGAAGGAACCGGACACAUUUUCUUGGGAUCUCCUGAUAUUCAAGACGUGCCUACUGUCAUGAAGGACAUUGAUGGAUUCUCUGGAUGUGUCAAGAGGGUCCGCCUCAACGGAAGGAGCAUUGUCAUGCAAUCAGUCUACGCCACCAACGUCUCCGAAUGCUUCCAAGAUCCAUGUGCGAGCUUUGGAUGUCCUAAGGGAUGUAUCUCCCAUAACUCUGCACCAGUUUGCCAAUGUGAUUGGCCAAAAACUGGAAGAAAAUGCACUGAUCUCAGUGACACCACUAUUUCUGCUAUGAAGUUCUCUGGAUUAUCUUAUUUGGAAGUGGACAAUGAGGAUGUGAUGAGCCAUAUCACUGGAGACUCUCUCGACAUGGCUGUCAACUUCAAAAUCAAGAACACAACUCAACAUCUUCGUCAGAUCCUCGUGUCCGCUGGAGACGUUACUCAUGAAGACGACUUCUUUGAAUUGUCAGUUGACAAUAACAAAUUCGUUCGCUUCGCAUUGAACUUAGGAUCAGGAACCAUUGUUUUGACUCAUCCAAAGAGAAUCGUAGAGGACACAUGGAAUACUGUAGAAGUGAUCAGAAAGAAGAAUUCGGUGAAGCUCUCGGUGAAUGGAGAAGAUCCAAUCUCCACGUUUGCUCCAGAUGGUGCUGAGCAACUGAAUGUGUAUCGAAAUGUUUUCAUUGGAAACAACCAUCUGCCAGAGGGCUCCACCGAUGGUCAUGACUUUGCCGGAUUCGAUGGAUGUAUCAUUUCUGUGAAAUUCGAUCAAACUAUCAUCAACCAUCCUAUCCAAACCAAAGCCGCUAUUAAUAUCCAGGACUGUGCAAUCUAA